AUGAAACCAGCGAUAAGAAUUCUUGUAUUUAGCGAGUGCAGAAAUAUUUUUGCUAGAAUUCAAGUUGAUAAUAAGAAUUAUGCAGGUGUGGCUGUACCCAUCGAAGGCAAAUGUCCAUGGCAAUGGGCGAAAGCCUGUCAGUGGAAUUCAUUCCUUCUAACAGCAAAACUUCUAGAACAACCAUCGAAAGACUUUAUUAAAAUCAGCGAAGGCAAUCGAAUAGUUGGAGUCAGCCUCCAAAAAAUGGCUAUCGAACGAAUUGGUUUACAGAUAUGUGUACCACCUUUAUAUUGGUAUUCCGAUUAUAUUGCUUUAAUUCAGUUUAUUGAAAUAUGGACAUCACAAGGUGCAUCAAAGUUUUACAUUUACUAUCAAUCCAUCAGCCGAACGGUGUUAAAUGUGUUAAAUGAAUAUCAAAAAAGGAAUCUCGUAGAAUUGAUAAAGUGGCGAUUGCUACCAAAAUUAAAGGUGGAUCCAAAUAAAUCUUUAUAUAGACUAGGUCAUUCACUGGCUCAUAAUGAUUGUUUACAUCGUUCUAAUGGCCAGUACUUGGCAUUAGUCGAUGUCGAUGAAUUUAUAAUAUCAAACAGGCAAAUUAUAAAAUUUAGCUCAGCAACAAUCUUGGCAUUCUUGGUUAAAGCUGCGGAUAAAUAUCCUGCAGCAGGAAGUUUCGUUUUCGCACACACCCGCUUACGAUUUUCCACUGGGAGACCAGCUAAUAUAGACAGAUGGAGUGAUUUGACUUUUCAUUGGUUGGGCCAUACUGAAGUGCAGUUUGGCUAUGGACCUACAAAGACUAUUUUUAUGCCUGAAAGGACUGAAAUCGUACUAACUCAUCGAGUAUUAAAGCAUCUUGAGCCAUUCAGCCAAAUCAUGGUGAACGAAAGUGAAGCCCGUCUUUUUCAUGUUCGGCGAAGUUGGAAUGUAAAAAUAGAUAAAAAUGUUUUUAGUACAAUUAUUCUAUUUCGACCAGAAACUCUGACUAAGAUUCGCUUACGAUUUAAUGAUAUGGUUAAACGCUUUGAAGAAUGGAAAGAUAAAGGAUGCAAGACACCAUACCAUUCUUGUUUGAAUUUACUCAUCGACAAGGAAGACUGGAUAAUUAGUGAUGACAAUCUCAUUCAAGCUUCAUACAUCGUUUUAUAA